AUGAUGCUCCACCGCGUCCGCGACUUCCCCCCCGGCCUGUUCCUGCUGGCGCGCGGUUCCGCCUCCGCCGCGGAGCUGCGCAGGUUCGCUGACGGCUCCGGGCUGGCCGAGCUGCGGCUCGCGGCCCUGGCCGACGAGCUGGCGGCCGAGUUGGCCGAGCUGGAGGUCCUCGGCUGCGCGCUGCUCGCGGCCUCUGCCGCCGUGCCGGCCGACGUCAGACAGGUCGCGCAGCUGAGCGCUUGCAACCAGGAGGUCGCGGGCGAUGGCUCCUUCGCGGCGGCGUUCGUGGGCCAAUUCUGUGGCUGGGCGCACCCGCGGCGCUACCUUGAGCUGCUGUGGGAGGCCGGGUACUUGGGCCAUGUCCUGCACCUGGCGGCUACGUCGGUGGGCUUCGGCGCCACGGGUAUCGGCUGUUUCUUCGACGAUUUCGCUCUGGGCCUGCUGCGCAGCCCGCGCGGCGGCCUGGAGUCCGCGGGCGACAGCAGGUCGGGGCCGCUGGGCCCAGAGGAUGCCGCGUUCCAGGUGCUGUAUCUCUUCCGGGAG